CCUUUCGUUCGGCGACAUGCUGCUGAAGAUUUUCAACGUGAGAGUAAUCGGCGAUGGGGAUAAGACGGUAUUUCUAUCUCACGGAUUCGGCACCGAUCAAUCAGUAUGGAACCGAAUCAUCCCCUCCCUGGAUCGCGACCACCGAAUCGUCCUCUGCGAUCUAGCUUGCGCCGGCAGCGUCAACCCCGACCACUUCGAUUUCCGUCGCUACACCAUUCUCGAUUCAUAUGCAGACGAUCUCCUCCUCAUCCUCGACACCCUCCGCAUCGACCGCUGCUUCUUCGUCGGCCACUCCAUCUCCGCCAUGAUCGGCAUCCUCGCAUCCAUUCGCCGCCCAGAUCUCUUCCUCAAACUCAUCCUCAUCGGCGCCUCGCCCCGGUAUUUGAAUGAUCGGGAUUACCACGGGGGACUUGAUCGGUACGAAAUGGAGCGAUUGCUGGAGGCCAUGGAAUCGAACUACGAGGCGUGGGUGAGGGGAUUCGCGCCGCUUUCGGUGGGAGCGGAUGUGCCGGCGGCGGUGAGGGAGUUUAGCCGGACUUUGUUCAAUAUGAGGCCGGAUAUAUCGUUGUUUGUUUCGAGGACGGUGUUCAACAGCGAUCUAAGAGGUGUGCUUGGGUUGGUGAGGGUGCCCUGUUGCAUCGUGCAGACGGAGAGGGAUGUUUCUGUGCCGCUCUCAGUUGUUGGGUAUCUGAAAGAGAAUCUGGGAGGGAAGACGACGGUAGAGAUACUUCCGACGGAGGGGCAUCUUCCUCAUCUUUCUGCUCCGGCGAUUCUCGCUCCUGUUCUCCGGCGACUUCUGUUCCUGUGAUGGUUAGCUCGAGCUUGAGUCGUGCCCUUAUCAAGCUCGGGCUUAUAUGAGCUCACCCUAGAAGGUAAUGGAGCCCGGAUGAGUAACAACUCACCUUAAAGUGUAUCAAAACGAUUUGGUAUAGGCUAAUUGAGUCAGGACUCACUAGUGCUCGUGGUCGAUAGGCUCAUUGCUUGAGCUUUUUAACGAGCGGAGCUCGAGUCUGCUCGUCUUAUUUAAACCCCUUAUCGCUUGGAUUCAGUUUUUGAUGCAAAUUUACAUCGGAUGUCCAAUAGCAUAGGGUCACGUGGUAUUUUGGGCCUACUAACAUACAAUUUUCGGGCACGGGUUACCACU